GGCUACAAAAAUUGCGGGAAAGUUGAUCGUCCAUCUUAUGAUCUAUCAUACAGUCAAUGGUAAUGUCAAAAUGUGCGAACUUACUCCUUCAUGGGAUAUAAACGAUGUGAUUAGCGAAAGAACGAAUCUCGAGCGAUGGGCAGUGAAGAAUGUCGUUCAGAUGCUGGACAAUGGAGCCACCAUUCCUUUCAUUGCUCGCUACAGGAAAGAACAAACCGGUGGAAUGGAUGUGGAUAAGCUCCGUGAGAUUAAAACACAAACGGAGGAAUUGAAGAGUGUUGAGCAGAAAAUCUUCUCAGUGCUGACAGCCCUACAAAAGCAGAAUAAACUCACAAAACAGAUUCAGAAGAGCAUUAGAAGUGCAGAGGCUCUUGUUGAAGUAGACGACUUGUAUGCACCAUACAAACCGGGUAGUAAGGGGACGCUAGCAGAAAGGGCGAAGGCGUUAAACCUGGAGCAUGUUGCCAAUGCAUGCAUUUAUAACUCGUUGGAUGUGGACAUUAAAACAUAUAUAAAAAAUGAUGUAAAAGGUUUAUCAUCAGAGAAAGAAGUGCAAAGUGGAAUUCAACAUAUCAUAGCUGACAUUAUCUACAGGGAUGACAGUGUCAUCAGGUUCAUUAAGACCUUGUUUAAGGCAAAUGGGAUAAUGAUUGAAGCAACCAAAUUUGUAGCCUCUAAAAGGUGUAGUGCUAAAACAAUGGAAAAAGUGGAAAAGGCACAAGUAUCCAGUUACAAGUUUGAAAAUUACUUUGAUUUCAAGAGUUCUUCCAAGAAUAUCAGACCACAUCAGGUCCUGGCACUCAACAGAGGAGAGGAACAGAAAGUAUUAACAGUGAAGUAUAUAAUCCCUGAAAAUCUCAGUCACAAAUUCAAAGACUUUGUGGAAAGGAAGUACAUUAGACCAAAUUGUAGAGGUUCCAUUAGAAAUUUGAUAAAGAGUGCUAUAGAGGAUUGCUGGAGCAGACUUGUACAGCCACAGAUGAUCAGACACACCAGGUCAGAGCUGACUAAAUUUUCUCAGAAAUCUUCUAUUGAUGUAUUUUCUUCCAACCUACGAAACCUGCUUCUGUCAGCCCCUGUAAAAGGCCACAGCAUCUUAGGAAUAGACCCUGGGUUCAAACAUGGCUGCAAGUGCGCAGUUAUAUCACAUACAGGUCAAGUACUUCACACAGAUGUAGUCUACCUAAACUUUUCUUUAGAGAUGAAAAGAAAAUUGCAAGAAGCAAUAGGAAAAUACAGAUGCAAAUACGUAUCUUUAGGGAAUGGAACAGCUUGCAGGGAGGCUGAAAAAAUCGUUGCAGAAGUUAUAAUCGGAACAACAACGAAGUACUGUAUUGUGAAUGAGGAUGGAGCAUCUAUCUACAGCUGCUCGGAUUUAGCCAAAGCUGAGCUGCCUGACCUUGACCCAACAUUGAGAAGUGCAGUUUCUGUUGCUAGACGAUUGCUUGAUCCCUUGGCAGAAUUGGUUAAAAUUGAUCCUAAACACAUAGGUGUUGGCCAGUAUCAGCAUGAUAUACCCGAGAAUCAGUUACGGGCAGCAUUAGACUCAGUCAUUGAGGAGUGUGUUAGCUUUGUAGGAGUCGAUGUAAACACGGGCAGUGAAGCCUUGUUGAGGAGAGUAGCUGGGUUAAGCCUUUCAAAGGCCAAAAGUCUGAUUGAGAGGAGAGAGAAAAUGGGUCCAUUCACCAACAGAAAACAACUGAAGCUAGUCAAAGGACUGGGGGACAAAUCCUUUCAGCAGUGUGUGGGGUUUCUUAGAGUGAACCAAUUAAGUCUUGUUGUAGAUGGGGAAAAUUCCCAAGCAUCGUCACCUGCAGUCAGAAAUGUUGACAUGGAUGAAAUGGUUUCAAUUUCUGACGACGAAGAGCCUAUCAAAGGAAAGAAAAGAAAAGCCAAAAGUUCAAUGGCUCCAAAGAAAGUCAAGAAAAGACGAACAAGUGAGGAAGCUGACCCUCUUGAUCAAACCUGGAUCCAUCCUGAGUCAUAUGAUUCUGCACAGAAGCUGAUGGAACAAAUUGGUAUAAAUCCAGCUGAUCUGGGUCAUGAGAAUGGCAUCCAAAGAGUCAAGGAAUAUCAGAGGAAAUGUAGUCUAAAAGAAAUUGGCAAAAAUGUUCAAUUAGGAGAACAUACACUGCAGCUGAUAUUGGAGGCAUUUCUUCAACCAAGUGGAUAUGAUAUCAGAGAAAAACAUUCAAAGCCAAUGUUCAAGGAAGGAAUUUGUGACAUUGCUAGUCUGAGGGAAGGAACAGUAUUGACAGGAAAAGUAACCAAUGUAACUCAUUUCGGAGCAUUUGUGGACAUUGGAGUGGGCAGAGAUGGACUUAUUCAUAUCUCAAACAUGAGAAGGAAGGAAUUACAUUUAGGCCACCGAGUGGAAGUCCAUGUAUUAAAAAUAGACAAGACUGGAAACAGAAUUGGGUUAAGACUGGAGAAAAUUUUGUGAAUUCAAAGAAUUAAGCAAAUAAUUGAGAAUGUAUCCACAUUACGUCAAAAUAUUGUGGAGCUUUAUAACAAUUUUGUGAACGAUUGUUAAAACAUAAGUUUGAAUAAAAAUGCCAUCUU